AUGGAGGUAGUGCGAGGUGUCGUUGUUGUUGACUGCGGCGUGAAGCGCUACGAGUUUCUCAUCGGUCGCCACAUCGUUGCACAGGUUGAUGAUAUCGAUGGCCACGUUGUUUUUCUUGAGCAGUUUGCCCAGCAUGACGUAGUGUGUGCAGUCCUCCUUAACAGGGCUGGCGAAGAAGCAGAUGAUGCGCUGCUGCUGCGACUUGUUGAGCCUGUGCUUGAGUGCAAGUUGCGCUGUCUGUAUCCCCUUGAUGAACUCGCUCUCGCCGUAAGGUGUGACUAG